AUGUUCACGGCGGGCGGGCGGGCGGGCGGACGGACGGACGGACACACGCACCAGCCGCACGCAGCAUCCCAGGUCAUAAAAAUUAAUACGAGCGGCAAGAGCCGCCGCAUGCAUAAGUUGGGCGAGCGCCCGGCGGCGCCGGGUGAUUUGCUGCACGGCCAUGAAAAAAUCAUCAGGCGGAUCCGGGGGGCCGCCGAGGGGCUCCCCUUAAAGCGGGGCGGCGGGCGGCGGGCACCUACCGGAGGGGCGGGCAGCACAGUGAACAGUGAUAAAUUUAAAAAAAAAAAAAAAAUUCCCACUCUCCCCCCAGCCGGCUGCCCGAGCCCCGCCGGGGACGAGAGGGAGAGGCGGCUCCGGCGAGCCGGGGAUGCGCGGGGGAUGCGCGGGAUGCGCGGGAUGCCUCCCGCCCGCCCGCCUGCCCGCCCUCCGCCCGGGCGCUCGCCGCUGUCCGCCGCCGCCUCCGCUCCGGCGCCGGCCCUCGCCUCUCGCGAAUCUAAAGCAUCGAGCAUCUCCAACGCCCAAGAAAGAGCCAUCAAUAAUAUUUUGCGCGUUUUGAGGCGAUCGCGGGCCGAGCCCAGGCGGGGUGCGGCCCGCCCGUGGCGGGCAGGGCUGGCGGGGCUGGCGGGGAGGCCGCUGUCCCCCGCCUCCCUGCUCGGGGUCCCCGCAGCGCGCUCGGCCGCUCCUGCCCCCGCCUCCGCCUCCCCGGCAGCGGCCGCAGCGCUGCGCGCCUCGGCGCGGGCGUGCCGGGAGGGCUGCGGGAGAACGAGGGAAAGCGCCCGCUUCCCGGGGAAGAGGGAAAAAAAUUAA